UUCUACCCAAAUUCCAUUGUGAAUUGAAUCCUAUAGAAUGAGUGUGGGGCAGCAAAGCGUUAUACUAGAGCAUGCUGUAAUUAUUCAAUAGUUGGGCUGAGAAAAACUCUGACAUCAGCAUUAGAUUCUGUAAAUGUUGACAUGAUUAGAAAGUAUUUUAGAAAAGCAAGACAUUACAUUAGGGCAUACAGAGAUGGCAAAGUAGCAGGACAUGAACUCGAGGAAGCCGUCAAGCAAUACAGGUCUCACAGAAGAGUCAAGAGGAACAAGUAACCUUGAUGUUAUCUUAUACAUAUGGUUGUUUUGUUUGGUUAUAUUUAUAAAAAGUUGUAGAUUUGUUGGACAGUUUAUGUUUGUAGUACAACAUAUAUCCAUUGAGCUUUUGAAACAUUAUUAUGUCUGCUUGUUUACGAAACUUUAGUGGUGUGGAUUUCGAGUACAGAACGGUAAUAGCCAAAUUUGUCUUAACAGAUUUGUAGCACAGUGUUCGGUGUACGUCUACAAGAAAGCUGGAGGCAUGUGAUCGUUGUCACGUGGAAGUAUGGCGUUUCAAGCACAACCCCUUUUGGGACCCUUCUUCCAACAUUCCACAGAAACAAAGUGAAAUAUACAGAUUUUGUCCAACAGAAAUCUUCAUGUUGCCGUAAUGUAUCCUCAGAGGAGAAACCGAGGCUGUACGUACCAAAACUCGAGACGGAAUGGCGAUAAACUCGCGUACAAGUUCGUUGAGUCAAUCCGUUUGACGAACUAAAGGGUUGAGAAAAGAUACCACAGAGUCUUCUGAGUUAUAUAAGAAAUGUUCUAAUCACCAAGACUUGAAACUAAAAGAUGCAACACUUUCAAAUUGAAAGGCUGCCUAAGCUUGAAGUAUCUCACAAAAACAGUGUUUCACCCAUUUCUGAAUCAGCUCGAGUUUCACCGUCAAGGUCAAACAACGUAUGCAGUCCAGCUAGUCUUUCAGGUAGUGAAGACUUUAUUGCUUUGUUGGCAAAAUAUAGACAACAUUCUAAAGGGAUUCGCCUGUCAGCACAAAAAAACAAAAUGCAAAGGCAAAAGCCAUCAACACAGUAGGUUUGCAAUUGCCAUUGCCUAGGGCUUUCAUCAUUCUUUUGCAUGGUGGAUUAGAGCUGAGCUGGGAAAUUAUUGAAAUGUACAUUGCUGCUGAUUGUUUAAACUUUUUGACAGGGAAGACAGGGAAAUCAAAAAUCAGUGUGUGAUAUGUAUGAGGCCAGCCAUCUCUUAUUAGCAUUAACAACCAGGCAAGGGAGAAUUCAUAUAAACAAAAGAGACUCUACAUCUACCUUUGACAAUUGUGGAAAAACCAAAAGAAAAGCAGCAAGAUCAGACUUCAACAAAUAUCUUGUAAAACAGCCAAUCAAAACCACUGUCGACUAGCAGAGAGGGUAGAAAUGUCUGGGCUCAAGUUUAGAGACACAACACCUGCUGAUGGAAAUUGUCUUUUUCAUGCUGUUUUGGAUCAGCUGAAACGAGUUAAGUCAGAAAAGCCCUACUGUCACAGUGAGCUUCGAGCACUGGCAAUUUCUUGUCUCAGAGAUCACCAGUUUGUUGAUAUCAAUGGCAAGAAACUAAACCUUUCACAAUAUGUCAGUAAGGAUUGGGAUCAGUAUUUAUCUGACAUGGAGAAGGAUGGCGAGUGGGGAGACCACCUUGUUGUGAUGGCAUUAACAACAGUGCUGUCUCAUAAUAUUCUAAUAGUCAGCAGUGUAGAUGGUGCAAGCAACCAUUUUACUGUUACAGUAGAACCCAAUGGCCAUGUUGCUUCUAAUGAUGUUCCACUGCUUCUUGGCCACUAUGCCGAAAAUCAUUUUGUGAGUCUAGAUAUAGCAUACAAUGAUGAUUCUGCUGCGCAAGGCCUUCCUUACGGGGACCAUAAUUAUGCAAGAACAGAUACUGUCCCACCAGGUACUACCAGGUACGGUGACCAUGAUUAUGUAAGAACAGAUACUGACCCCCCACCAGGGUUACAAAUGAAUGUCACUAAAAUCAUAGCAACAACCUGCAGGGAAGACUCAAGAAAUAUACACUCUGGUAUUCCAGGUAAGAGCAGGAAGUGUGACAAAGAUGUUGUUGAACUACACUGUGCUACCGACAUUCCACCAAAAAUGAGAAGACUGCAGCCGUUUUACAUUUUAUCAAGUCAUGAGCAGAAAGAAGUAGAUCAAAUGAUGGCUACUGCACUAGACAAAAUAGCCAGUGACAGACAACUGUCUGAUUCAAACUUUCCAGGUGUGAUUACAGUACGUGACUUAGCAAAGCUUCAGCCAAACAAAUGGCUCAAUGACAAUGUCAAUUGUUGUAAACGAGCUAGUGAAAUGAUACAUAUUGGUAAUGUAUUAGUAUUGACAGCUCAUCAAUGCAGUAUCAUGUUUAUGGGAGACGGGAUGCUUGCCGCAAGGGAAGAAAGUCAAGAGCUUCAAUACCUACUUCUAUGUGAAGCUCGACAAUCAAGGUCCUGUUGCUGUAAGACAAUGGACAAUGAAACAGCUGGUGCAGUAAAUAGCCAUCAAAGAUUGGUUAUCAGAUACAGUAACAUUGACGAAAGAGAACUAUGUUGCUACAGAGUGGACUAACGAAAAUGCUCCACGGCAACAAGACGGUUCAAGCUGUAGUGUCUACUGUGUGAUGUACAUGAGGAAUGAAGCACUUGGCAUUCACUCUAACAACUUUUGUGAGAGUGAAAUUAAUGACAUGAGGUGUUGGCUGGCACAUAGGCUAAU